AGGGGCGAUGAGCGGGUAUGCGACACCUACCUCUGAGGGAGGUGAGCGAGGGCGUAGCUUGAGCUUGGCGAGUGGGAGAGGUUUCACCGUCCUCGAGGGGGAAAAAGAUAAGGAAAGGGAGGGCACUGCGAGCCCGUCACCUUUCCACCCGGUGAACAGCACUUCUGGGGGAGCGUUCUUCUCUUCCACCUCCCGAGGACGCUCUGCUCCGGACCUCCCAGCCUUUUAUAGCACGAUCGACCUGCUCCAAUCUGAGCAUCUGGCUGCUGCGCGCUCUCUCAUCUCGGGCGAAGCCCUGCUCCGUGAACUGGAGGAAGAGAUCGCGAGGGACUGUGAAGGGCUCAAGAUGUUUCUCAGAGCGGCGCAAGUGAUAGACGAGAUCUCUCCGAGGAGUAAGGAUAGUAUCGUAGGGGUUGGGGAACGGUUGGCGUGCAAGUUAGUCGCGGCGGCUUUACAGGACCGGGGCGUGGACGCAGAGUUCGUCUCAUUAGAGAAUAUCGUUCCCUCCUCCCUGCACGAGCUCUCCGACUAUGGCGAGCGCACAGUGCGUCUCGAACAGCCGUUCUACGACGCGGUGGCCUCUGCCGUUGCCGAGCGCAUAUCCCAGUGCGGGCGGCGCGUGCCUGUCGUGACCGGAUUCUUCGGCCCAGUACCUAACAGCCUUCUCACCCAGAUCGGCCGGGGCUAUACCGACCUCCUUGCUGCUCUCCUCGCGGCUGGGCUGCACCCCGAGACGUCGGAGCUCCAAAUUUGGAAAGAAGUCGAUGGGAUAUUCACCGCCGACCCGCGGAAAGUCCCCACCGCGAGGCUGUUGGAAGUCAUCUACCCCGAAGAAGCCAAGGAGCUCACGUACUACGGAAGCGAGGUCGUCCACCCCUUCGUGAUGGACCAAGUGAUGCGUAUGGCCAUCCCUAUCCGGAUCAAGAAUAUCGAGAACCCCCAAGGGUCAGGGACGAUCAUCUCCCCCUCUCUGCCUUCUCCGCCUAGCAGCCCCGGGGCAGGCGCCCCCCCUGGUGCACCAAGGAGACUCCCGACAGCAGUCACGAUAAAAGACAACAUCAUCAUCCUGAACGUGGCCUCCACGGGGCGAAAGACGUCCACGCACGGGUUCCUAGCGAGCAUAUUUGGGAUCCUCGACCGUUGGGGGGUGACCGUUGACCUAGUCUCCACCUCUGAGGUACACGUAUCCAUGGCCCUGGAGGAUUUUACCGCCGGCUCUGGGGGAAAACGCAUGCGCGAUCGACUGGUGCACGAACUGAGCAAGAUAGGCCACGUCACCCUCUCCCCAGGGAUGGCGAUCCUCUCGCUCGUGGGGAGCCAAAUGCGGCACAUGGUCGGUAUCUCCGGGCGGAUGUUCACCACUCUCGCCGAGGGGAAUAUUAACAUUGAGAUGAUCAGUCAGGGCGCGAACGAGAUUAACAUCUCGUGUGUUAUCGAUGGAAGGGAAGCGGUCAAGGCCCUGAAUUUGAUACAUAUGAGCUGUUUGCAGGUCAAGCCUGAUGGGCCGAAGGGAAGGGUAGGCCCGUGGCUUUACUAGCCAACAAAAGGAACUGGAACCAAACCAACUGCUCAACCCACUGCCCCACUUACGGACUGCCCUACCUUCCCUCCUACUACCCCCCACGCCGAACCUCAACACCACACUCAAACAAGGACUCGAUCGUAUUCUGAAAUCCAGGCGUACAGCGCUAACCUAUGCUACUCUACUCGUAGGAAGGAUACCAAGCAUAGCAUAGUAUAGCGAAGAAUGAUAAUAAACAUACAUAUGACCCGCUGACCCCCUCGCCAACUGCCGCGAUGUCUCUCCCCUCUUCGCACAACACAAAUCCAACCUGGUUUCCCGGGUGGUAGCCAUCCAUCACGCCAGCAUAAGAGACGCCCCAAGAGGGUGGAGGCUAGUGACAGCUAGGAAAAGCUGCGUCACGAUGCGCUUGCAUGUCUAAUCGGUCACGUCGCUCUCGUCAAUCUCGUGGCCCGCUGGCGCGGCGUAUUCGGGCCUUCGACACGGAUCCCCUCCCUGCGAAGCACUUUACCUGCACCAGAAGGAUCAAGUUCCCAUUUUUAUCCAGGCCAUCAUUAGGUCAGGUAGCAAUCCCAGUGUACACGGAGCACCAUGCCAACAUGAAUAGCAUGGAGAACAGCUUGCACAUCGUAUUG